UUUUUGCUUUGAAAUAUGUAUUUUUUAUUGUUGUAACACUUUAAUAAUUCCUAUUUUUUAUUAUAAUUGUUCCAAAAUACUAUAACGAUUAGUUUAAAAUGUUUGCAAAACAACUGUUUCCGUCUUUCUCGAACUACGCGGCACUGGUUGGAAAAAACAUCCGCUCUACUAUUAUUAACAAUCGCAUAACACCUAACGUUGAUUUGGUAAGGUAUGCCGCUCGAAAAGGAACUAGAGCUGCAAACCUUGCAGCAAAAAAGGCUAGAAAACUCAAAGAAGCUGGUAAACCACAACCCAUCCCCAAAUAUCUCCAGCGAAAAAUCAAGAUAUCUGCAGAAUUGGAAAGAAAAAGAUGCGUCGAUGAAAAUUGGUUGGAAACAAAUCCAAUUGAUAACGUUUGGAACAUGAAAUUGUACAGAGGCAAGCCGUAUUCUGUGUCUGAAGCUAUUGAAAUGUUCAGGGAGCUUCAUCAGCCUGAAAUGCUGGAUGACUCUAAGGCAUUACUUUACGCAAAUAUCGAAUUGGAUUUAAAACUUAAGAAAAAGGAUAAGUACCUUGAAGAGUUGAGUGGAAGCGUAACUUUUCCUCACCAGUUUGAUGCGUUUCGUAACAACCGUAUCAUCGUAUUGUGUAAAAGCACAGAAGACCAAACUUUAGCUACAGAUGCAGGUGCUGUAUAUUCUGGGUCGCAAACACUGAUAAAACAAAUAUUAUCAGGUACUAUAUCAAGUGAUGAGUACGAUUAUGUAAUAUGUCAUCCGGAUAUGCUUAAGGAAGCAAAUACUCUGCGAGGGAUUUUGGGUAAAAAGUUUCCCAACACUUUUAAUGGUCUAUUAAGGUUAGAUAUUGAGCCUGCUGUUAAAAAUUUCUUAAAAGCUAUUGACUUUAAGCUGAAAAGAAGUAAUGUUGAAGUUGAUUUCGGUUGGGUGGAUAUUUGCUUUGGGCGAAUAAAUAUGCCAACAGAAGAGUUGGAGAAAAAUUUAAAACACUGUUUAGAAAUCAUUGAAAAAUUAAAGCCUGCUGGUACGCAAGAGCAGUUGUUUAUUAUUCGAACAUUGCUGUUUUGUGAGAAAUCUAGAGAAAAGUUUAAAAUACCCCAUUGGAACUAUUUAACCAAUUAUCCUGAAAAUGGUGUGAUUGUGGAAGAAACUGCUGAUGAGGAUGAAAUUAAUGAGAGCAAAACCAACUAAUGUUUUUAAUCAAAUCCAAUUGUGUUAUUCAAAACUAAUCUGUUUAGUUGUUUUCAUAGAUAAUGGUGAAAUAUUUUCUUGUUUUUUUAGUGAACACAAUAAAAAAAAAAUUGUUUAGUUUUAAAAUGUUAAUUUAGGAUUAGUAUUGUAAAAUGUUUAGGCUUCUAAUUGAAUAACUGUUAAAAACCUUAUAAUUGCACAAAAUAAAAGAGUGAACAUCAUAAUAACUAUUGAUUUAAUUGUUGAAUUUUUAUGUACAAGGAACUUGUUCUUGUUGAAUUUUUAUGCACAAGAAGCUUUUUCUGAAUAGAUAUGCCUAUUUUCGAUGAAUUCGAAUUCUGGACUAUUAAAAUAUCUGAUUAAUAAUUCAAAAUCAUCUUGACUAUAAUUCAAUGAUUUAAUCAAAAAUGACUGAACAUUACUUUUACAUCUCUGGAUAAUUAAAUUUUAUUGUACAAAGAUUUUUCGAUUUAUAAAUUUGCAUAAAUGAGUUCUUUAGAUGUAGCUAAAUAUACAAAAAGUAAAGUUUAUAAUAGGUCCAAAUCUUCAAUUGCUUCCUUACCUAAACUAUGGGAAUUAUAGUCUCAAAACUGUCGCUAUAUUAUUUCUCCCCUAAUCCCGAUUUAAGGGUCGAAGAUCCCCAUCUUUCUAAAAAAAAAAAACUUAUUCAAUCUGAAAAAGUCUGUUUUUGUAUCUGAUUUCAUAACUUGCAAUUUCUACAGCACUAAUUUAUAAACACAUUUAAAGUUGGCCAAUCAAAUAAUUAGGAUUUAGUUUUAGUAUGAAAAAAUUUGAUCAUUAGAUCAAAGUUAUUUGUGAUGCAUCAACAACAAAAUUAUGUCAUUUCAAAAGUUUAAAAGGUAUCUGUGAAAUUUAUUUUGUGAUUUAUUUAUUUUUAUCUGGUUUUCAACAGAUAAUAAGGAUAAUUUCAUAUUUCAUUUUCAAUAAAUUUAAAUUGGCCAUUUGCA